UCUCCGCUUCAUGUGAUGUAUAUAGACACCCGUCCCGCCCCCUUCUAGCUUCUCACUCCACCACCACCCUCAUUUCGCUGACUAGCUCGCAUAGUCACCACGCUCGUUUAUUGUGUUUGUUUUUGUUUUAUAGCACACACUCCUUCGUUGUCGCUCGUGAUGAAGCUCACCAACAUCGCCGCCGCCUCGGCGGCCAUCCUCUCCACGUCUGUCCUGGCCCGCAGCACUGUCUAUGUCACAGUCGUCACCUGUGACACCCCUGUGCCCACCUCAACCCGCAGCACCGUCUAUGUCACAAUCAACACCUGCGUCGCCACCGACGGCUCUCUCCCAACCGCCACUGACGUCUCCCCCACGGACGUUGCUCCCACGGGCGUCCCCACCACGGAUGUCUCGCCCACGGACGCUGCUCCUACAGCCACCUCCUCCGCAGAUGAUGCCUCCCCCACCGAGGCUGCUCCCACGGAUGUCUCUCCCACAGACGCCUCUCCCACCGAGGCUGGCCCCACCGACGUCCCCGUCCCAAGCGGCAACCCUGAUGGCCCCUAUCCCAUCACUGGAAACACCGUCAACUGCCGCUCUGGUCCCGGCACAGAUUUCCCCAUCAAGAAGACCUUCGCCAAGGGCAGCAUCGUGAGCAUCACCUGCCAAACGCCUGGCACCAAAAUCAACGGCAACGAGAUCUGGGAUUUGACGUCUGACGGCUGCUUCGUCUCCGACUUCUAUGUCAAGACCGGCUCCAUCACGUACGUCAAGCCCAAGUGCGACGCCGCCUCCCUCCCCGAAGCACCCACCCCACCAGACCACGGCGACGCCGGCGAAAUCAAGAACGACUACCCCUACGGCGCCAGCACCUGCGGCGACGUCGACCGCUGGUACUACUACGCGUGCCAGUGCACCAGCUUCGUCGCGUGGCGCAUCAACGACCGCCUCGGUCUCAACUUCCACAACAAGUACAAGGGCGCUGCAUGGGGUGACGCCGAGUCCUGGGACGAGGCUGCUCGCCAGACCGGCGUCUUGGUUGAUAACAAGCCGGUACCGGGAGCUAUUGCGCAUACUAAUGCCGGCGGUGGGGGAGCGGGACAUGUUGCGUGGGUUGCGGCUGUCCAGGGCGAUAUGGUCACUAUUGAGGAGUACAACUAUGUGAAUGUGGAGGGGUACAGCACGCGCACGGUGCCGGCUAGCACCUUUGACUAUAUCCACUUGUAAGUGGGUGUGGUGCUGCUUGCUUUCAGCGGCGGCGUCGGCAACGACGACAGUGAUGUUGACGAUGGUGCUGGGUAAAGGAGGGAGGAGAUGGUAAUAACUUUCGAGC